AUGGACCAGUCUUCCAUCAUCUUCUUAGUUGCUCUGGUCACUUUUUUCUUUCUUAUUAAGCGGCUUUUGCAAGAUGAAUCUCAUCCUUCCGCUCAACAAGCAAUGCAUCAUUCCCGUUCCGCAACGACCACCAACGCAUCUUCUUCAUCACGCGAAGCUACUAAUCCCAGUGGAGCUGCAAGAAGGAGGAGAAGACCGGUCAACAAUGAUAUGAUCGAAAUAGUGCAAACUUUAGCUCCCCAACUUCACGCUGAACAAAUUCGAUACGAUUUAGAGCAAUCUGGAUCUGUGGAGGCUACAGUGGAACGUUAUCUUAGAGGAGACGAAUUUCCGUUUCCUCCUGGUUCAAGAGCAGUUAACCAAAAUGUGGGGCAACAAUUAGACCAGAAUGAUCCAAGGAAAAAGAGUUCUAUAUAUUCUGAUGACUUAAUUGCCAAAUACUCGGUAGAUGUGAAUGAAGAUAUUUCUGUUUUGGAUUCGAAGCCUUUGAGUAUUGAGGAAAGAAAAAAGUUAAUGGUCUUGAAAGCAAGGAAGAAUAUGGAGGCUAUUUUGAAAGAGGAUAAAGACCUCAGUUCUCUAUUAGAGUGA